UGAUUUAUUUGAUCUUCACGGUCUUACUACUUGGUAUCUGAUCGUGUGUGCUCUAGCCUCUAGCUGCUCCUUGGUGUCCGCGGAUUCCUGAACAGGACUAAUAAUGCUCGCAGCCAUCGCAGAGCAGUCGUCCGCGGUGGGCGCUUCAUCCGCUUCCCUCACUUCCAUUAUUCGCUCUGCCCUUCGCUUCGUCGGCCUGUGUAGUAGGGGAGGGUGGGGGAGCGAGGAGGGGGGGCCCGGUUCUUUGCGUCAAGCUCCAUGGCAGAGCGGACGCUCCUACAUAUCCUCCGGCCAUAUGAUACCAUACCGCAACGCCUAUGCGGAUCCGACCGACCGACGCCGUCUCCUUCUGCUCAAGCCUCAUCAUACCCCCCCCCGAGUCCCUGACUGCUCGGCACGCACCAGCAGGAUACCAGUCACCUCGAUCGAUCUGACUCGAUGUGACCCGUCUCACGUCUGCAGCCAGAACAGUACUGUAAGCAGCCUACGGCGAUCGCGAGGUGUUACCGGAAGGAUACUAGAGGCGCCGGAGAUAGGCCUGCUAAGGAGAAAAAGAAGAAGAAGAAUAUAGCACCACUAGUACCCGGAGUGACGGAGGAGGGGCUAAUAAUACCUAACACUCUGCCUAGGCACAAUCACAGCGCCGCUCAUGCUACCCGCUCCUGUCUGUCAUGAACCGACCCAAUCCGACCGCAAUGAGAGGGAGAUGCUACUGCAAUAAUAC